AGCUGCUCGAAGGUGACGGGGCGAUCGGACCAACCGGAGAAGCAGGGAAGGGUGAGCUGUUCUGCACUGGAUCGGGGAGAUCCGUGUCUGUCAGCGAGAGCGCUAUAAGGAGAGCCAGGGCGUUGGUCGGGGAGGAGGAGGCUAGUGUUAAGAAGAGAAAGCAACCCUUUGGCGAUGUAGCUGAUGCAGACGGUGAAAUGGAUGAUUCAUUUAGAGGUGCGCUGCGUAAUGGUAGCAUGACCCCGGUGUUCCAAACUGGAUCAGGGAAAGCGGUCUCGCUGGGAAAGGACUCAAUCCAUAAGGCAAGAGCUAUUUUACAAGAUGUUGAUAGUGCCGCUGGUGCCGUACAACCAAUGUUCCGUACUGGAAUGGGUAGGUCGGUUCCUGUGAGCCGGACCUCCAUUGAUAAGGCAACGGCUGUUUUGGAGGGAAAAACAAUUGCAGAACAAGGUCAUUUUGAUAAGAGUGUGGACGGCAUGGAACAGUUUCCAUUGUUCCAAACUGGUUCAGGAAGAGCUGUAUCAGUCAGUGUGGCAUCUCUUCAGAAAGCGAAGUCUGUUUUUAAGGAUAAUAAUACUAGCGGUGAAAAUGCGGAGAGUUUUGGAAGGCCUGACCAGCCUACAAUGUUCCAAACUGAUUCCAGAAGACCAGACGUGAUCAGCGGAAGGUCCAUUGAGAGAUCUAGAGGUGCGGCAAAGGAGGGAGAUACGGAAAAGAGUGGACAUUGGGAUACUGACUGCCAGUUCCCAAUGUUCCAAACUGGAUUAGGAAAGCCUGUUGCUGUGAGCCGCAGCUCAGUUCAGAAGGCAAAGGCAGUAUUGGAGGGAGAAAAAAAUGAUAAAACCGGACAUGGAGAUAAUUGUGUCAGUGCCACAAAUUUUCAAAAUGAAACGCCAAGGUCUGUUUUGAUGAGUAGCAGUUCGAUCAUGAGUGAUAGAACUGUAACACCGAAUGGGGAUAGUGCAAUGCAAGAGAAAAACCAUGAGGCUGGCAACCACUUGCCGUUGUUUCAAACUGGGCUAGGGAGGUCAAUUGCUGUAAGUAAGAGCUCAGUUAAGAGGGCAAGUGCAGUUCUGGAGCCGAGGAAUAUUGCAAAGGAAUUGGAAGAUGAAGCUCAUUUAGAUGGUGGCUAUGAUACUCCAGUGUUCAAAACUGGAGUAGGAAGAUCUAUCUUAGCAAGAGAGAGCUCUGGAAACAAAGUACCAGUUAUCUUAGAGGCCGAAGAAGCAGUAAAAAGUGUAAAUAAUGACAAUGGAGAAGCCUUUGUUGAAGACACAUCAUUCCAAGCUGGAAUACAGAUGUUUGUACCCCAACGUAGAAGUUCAAGCCAUAAGGCUAGUAUUCUGUUGGAGCAACAAAACUUCGGGGAGAAAGGAUAUGGAGACCGUGGAAGUCAACUGCCAAUGUUUCAAACCGGAUCUGGAAAGUCGGUCUUGAUUAGUGAAAGUUCAGUGCAGAAGGCAAGGGCUGUUCUGGAGGAAGAAGGCAAUAUAAACAAAGAUACUCAUAAGCUCCUUAACAUGGACCAAAAGUUUACUGUCUUUACUUCACCUCUCAAGACAAGCUGUGCAAGAACAGUAAAUAUAUCUUCAGUUGGCGUGUCUCGAGCUGCUUCUUUGUUGGGCUUGGAAGAGAAUACCCUUUCAACACAAUUUUUUGGACAUGUGGGGGAUAAACUAGGCACAAAAAUAACUGUUGAGUGGGAAAAUCCAGACCAGAGGCUUGAUCUUGCAUCUUGUACAACAGAAAAUCAAGUGCACAAGGAACCACAUUGGCCGUUUGAACUUUCUAAUAACACAGUCUUUGAUUCUGGUGAGCAUUCAAUCAGAUUCAGUACCGCGGGAGGCAGAUCAAUGGCUAUUUCUAGUGAUGCACUUCAACGUGCGAAAAGUCUUCUGGGUGAAUCAGAUGUGGUUUCAACAAAUAAGUCAACAGAUAACUCUUUGGCAGCUGGUUGUAAAGAUGAGAUAACAAAUUCAACCGUCGCCCCCAAAGGCGGUGGAUCUGAUUUAUCAAAAAUAAGUAGGGCCAGUGGAAAACCUGAAAUAGCAGCAUUUUCCCACCAAGGAAUGUCUGACAGGAAGCACACUAGAUCCUUUGGACAUGCUGUACCUGAUACCCCUGCGACUAAUGAAAAUGCUAAUAGGUUUCAUGGCGGGAGUCAUUCAAUCAGUGAAAUUUCAAAGAUUCCAAAGCCUUCUUCGAGGUUUUUAUCUGAAGCUGACAAUGCGGACGACUCUAAAGAUAAGACACAACGACUCCAUAUGCCAGCUGGAGUGUUGGUGGACAUUACUAAUUUCAUGGGUACACAUUCUGGAAAUAUUGACCAUGUUGCUAAUGAGAAGAGAAGAAUUGGGGGAAGAAACUCUCCGUCUCCAUUUAAACGGCCCCGCUCAUCCAGGUUCAUCGCACCUAUAAUCACCAGCAAAAAAUCCUCUGCUGGAAUACCCAAGCUGCCACCAUCUCAGACCACGUCCUGUCGAACAAAGCUGUCUGCAUCUUAUCCUUUUCAACAUAAAAGGAAAACUUGGAAGGAGUAUUUUGGCGGUCCUCCCUGCUUCAGUUUUUUGACGGAACAUCCAACAGAUGAAGUGAAGCGCAUGGAUGCGAAAGGAGCUGAGAAGUACAAGUUUCAUGAUACGGAUACUGGUGCAGAAGAAUUUCAGAAGAUGCUGCUUGCCUGUGGUGCUUCAUUGACAUACGCAACGAAAGAAUGGGUGAACAAUCACCAUAAAUGGAUCGUGUGGAAACUUGCUUCACUUGAGAGAUGCUACCCAACUAAAGCUGCUGGCAAAUUCUUGACAGUUGCUAAUGUUUUUGAUGAGCUGAAAUAUAGGUAUGACCGAGAAGUGAACAAUGGCCACCGAUCAGCAAUUAAGAAAAUUUUAGAAGGAAAUGCUUUGCCAUCUUUGAUGAUGGUGCUCUGCAUUUCAGCUGUUUACUCCCAUCCUGAUGUAAAUAACUCCAAGGGUGAGGCUGGCAGGAGAGAUGAAAAUGAGAACAGCAUCGACAAUAAAAGCUUGUUAGCUGCUAAAGUAAAUGUGCCUGCACAAAUUGAAUUAACUGAUGGAUGGUAUGCACUAGAAGCGUCAUUGGAUGUGGCACUUUCAGAACAACUACAGAAAAGAAAGCUUUUUAUAGGACAAAAGCUUCGGAUAUGGGGGGCUUCUUUGUGUGGUUGGACUGGGCCUGUGUCAUUUCAUGAGAUAUCAGGCACUGUCAAAUUGAUGCUCCAUGUAAAUGGCAGUUAUCGUGCAAGAUGGGAUGAUCCUUUGGGAUUUUGCAAGCAUGUUGGACCCCCACUGGCGUUCAAGUGCAUUAAAGCUUCUGGUGGCCGAGUCCCUAGGACACUGAUUGGAGUUGCAAGGAUAUAUCCUGUUCUGUAUAAGGAGAGGUUGUCUGAUGGUCGUUCUGUUGUGAGAUCUGAAAGGAUGGAAAGGAAAGCGCUACAACUGUACCACCAGAGAGUAUCUAAGAUCGCAGAAGACAUUAUGUCUGAACAAGAUGAAAACUGUGGCAAUUCCGAUGAUAGUGAGGAAGGGGCAAAAAUUUGCAAAAUGCUAGAGCGGGCAGCUGAGCCUGAAGUUAUGAUGGCAGGCAUGACGUCAGAGCAGAGGAUAUCUUUCUCAUCAUAUCAAGCAAAGCAAAAGGAAGCUAGGCAAAACGAAGUGGCUAAGAAAGUUGAGAACGCUCUGGAAGUUGCUGGCCUUAGUUCAAGAGAUGUUACGCCGUUUGUGAAAGUGAGGGUGACAAGCCUUACUAAAAAAAUCUCGGCUUCAAAAACCAUCAACAAGGAAGGGCUAAUAACAAUUUGGAACCCUACUGAGAAGCAAAAAGCCGACCUGGUGGAGGGACAAAUUUACUUAGUCACAGGACUGGUGCCUUCGUCCUACUGUACUGGUAGUCUUUACUUGCAUGCUAGAGGAUCAUCUACCAUGUGGAAGCCAUUAGCGUCGGCACAGGCUGCGGAUUUUGAACCAUUUUUCACCCCACGUAAGGCGGUUGAGCUAUCAUUGUUUGGUGAGGUACCGCUUGCAAGUGAAUUUGACAUUGCAGGCGUCGUUUUGCAUGUUGGCGAUGUUUAUUUAUGUAGCAGCCAGAAAAGACAGUGGCUCUUUUUGACAGAUGGAUCUAAAUUUACCUCAGCACAGCACUCCGCAGAGCAAGAUGAUUGUCUUCUAGCAGUUAGCUUUUCUUGCCGAAUUGCUGGCGAUGACUCUGUUUUUUUCAGUCACGCCCUUUCUGGAAAUACAGUUGGUUUCAGUAAUUUGGUCAAGCGACAGAAAGACCAGAUGAGUCGCAUAUGGGUAGCUGAGGCAACAGAGAGCUCUACCUAUACUAUUUCUCACGAGAUCUCAAAAAAAUCGCAUCUUAAGGAAGCUGCCAUUUGUGCCGAAAAAUGGGCUUCAAGUUCUCAUUCUAAAAUUCAGCAGCUAAAGGAAAGGGUUUUAUGCAUCAUUGGAGAUAGUGGUGGCUGAAGUACUAUGAAAUAAUGAACGCUGGAGUUCUACAGAUUGACUGUCCUCGCUGGAGGUGGUGGGUUCGGGGCUUCCAGCACAGGACCAUGAUGGAGUUUGUGGCAGUGGGAUGCUCAUUGGUAGAAAAGGUAUGCGACAGGUGGUCACAAUGAUGGAUGCCUACUGACAAUAUCUAUAUAUUAUUGCUCAGGGAUUGCGAUGCAGAACAUUUCUGAUCAACUGAGGCUUGUAGAACACUAUUUUCCUUGACUGAAAGGCACAUGGUGGAUACUCAAGAUGAUGGCAUCCUUGUGGAGUUUGAGCAUAACCCCUCUGAUGUCUUCCCUACAACUAGCCUUUGCAACCUAUUUCAAUGCUCUAAUGCCCUUCCCUUAGCUAUAUAUCUAUUAGAUGGCUCGCGUGGCAUCUGAGGAAUGGCAUCCCUUGUGCAUCCCAAGCAAGAGUGACAGCCUUAUUUCUUGUUUAUUACUUGUGCCAUGGGCAUUUGGUACAUAGGGAACAUUGUUAGGCAGGGCUGCCAACCAAGGAUUGCUUGUAAUUAUCUGGUGUGUUUAUGAUUGUUCUCAUUGUCAUUCUGUAUGUCCUCUGGCUUCCUCUGAAUGAUGAAUGGCGCUGAUGUAUU